AUGUGUGUGUGUGUGUGUAUGUGUGUGUGUGUGUCUUUAAAAGACUCUCUAUCUCCCAGCCCGCCUCCUCAACACUUUGCCACUGGGUGGUUCACUCCCCAGUUUCCUGAGUCCUCCGGAGGAGCCAGCAGGAGCGAUCUCCUUCGCAGUUUUAGAAGCAGGUUUGUUGCCAUGGAAUUCACAUGCUGAGUGGCGUUGAGGACUGUAAAGGUUAACAGUUUGUUUUUGGUUUCAAAGAUCUGGCAAAUAGAUAGGCCGCUGCUCUUCUUCUGGAAAAACCUGAUUGGUAAGAUUCCUUUAAGGGCUCGGCCCCAAAGCGUUUCAUCCCAUCCCCUCAUACUCCUGGAAACUAAAGCCUGCGGAGACCUCUGAAGGAAAACCUGCCGGGUUUCUAUCACUGCACGCCAAUGGCUAAUCCUGGAGGUGGUCCAGUCUACAACGGGAACCUUCACAAAAACCAGAAGCAGAGCAAUGGCUCUGGAAGCGGAGACUGCACCGGGAAUGGAAUAGUGAAAGAAGCCCAGCAAAAUGGGAAGACACAUAUUUAUGAAAAGCGCAUUGUUGAAUCCUUCGAGGAAGCACCUCUUCAUGUUAUGGUAUUCACUUACAUGGGAUAUGGAAUUGGAACCCUGUUUGGCUAUCUCAGAGACUUUAUGAGAAACUGGGGAAUAGAAAAGUGCAAUGCAGCCAUAGAACGAGAAGAACAAAAAGAUUUUGUGCCGCUGUAUCAAGACUUUGAGAAUUUUUAUAAGCGAAACCUUUACAUGCGAAUCAGAGACAACUGGAACCGGCCCAUCUGCAGUGCCCCAGGGCCUUGGUUUGACGUGGUGGAAAGGGUGUCGGAUGACUACAACUGGACGUUUAGGUUUACUGGAAGAAUCAUCAAGGAUGUCAUCAACAUGGGCUCCUAUAACUACCUGGGCCUUGCAGCCAGGUACGAUGAGUCUAUGAGGACAGUAAAGGAUGUUUUGAAGGCAUAUGGCCUAGGUGUGGCCAGCACCAUGCGUGAAAUGGGUACCUUGGAUAAGCACCAGGAGUUGGAGGACCUUGUGGCUAAGUUCCUGAAUGUAGAAGCAGCUAUGGUCUUUGGGAUGGGAUUUGCCACUAACUCAAUGAAUAUCCCUGCACUAGUUGGAAAGGGAUGCCUCAUUUUAAGUGAUGAGUUAAACCACACAUCUCUUGUACUUGGGGCCCGACUCUCAGGUGCAACCAUAAGGAUCUUCAAACACAACAAUGCACAAAGCCUAGAGAAACUCCUGAGAGAUGCUGUCAUCUAUGGCCAGCCUCGAACCCGCAGAGCUUGGAAAAAAAUUCUCAUCCUAGUGGAGGGUAUCUACAGCAUGGAAGGUUCCAUCGUGCAUCUGCCCCAGAUCAUAGCUCUAAAGAAGAAAUACAAGGCUUACCUCUACAUGGAUGAAGCUCACAGUGUCGGGGCCUUGGGCGCAACUGGCCGGGGUGUCACAGAAUUCUUUGGAAUAGACCCUGGAGAAGUUGAUGUGCUCAUGGGUACAUUCACCAAGAGCUUUGGAGCCUCAGGAGGUUACCUAGCUGGAAGGAAGGACCUUGUGGAUUAUUUACGGGUUCACUCGCAUAGUGCUGUUUACGGUACAUCCAUGAGCCCCCCGAUAGCAGAGCAAAUCAUCAGAUCCAUGAAAUUGCUCAUGGGACUGGAUGGAACCACACAAGGGUUGCAGAGAGUACGGCAACUUGCAAAAAACACAAGAUACUUCAGACAGAGACUGCAGAAAAUGGGAUUCAUUAUCUAUGGCAACGAGAGUUCUCCCGUCAUCCCUGUGCUCCUUUACAUGCCUAGCAAAGUAGCGGCUUUUGCAAGGCAUAUGUUAGAGAAAAAAAUUGGGGUGGUGGUCGUUGGAUUUCCAGCCACCCCCCUCGCAGAAGCCCGGGCUCGGUUUUGUAUUUCCGCAGCACAUACCCGGGAGAUGUUAGACACGGUUUUGGAAGCCAUUGAUGAGAUGGGUGAUCUCCUGCAUCUGAAAUAUUCCCGGCACAUGCAAUCAGCACGCCCUGAGCUCUAUGAUGAGACGAGCUUUGAACUUGAAGAUUAAAUUUCCUGGUCCUGAAGGAAACAGAAAGAUUUUGCCAGCAAGACCUCCCUCCUUGCCUCAGAAGGAAUAUAAAUGGAUUUUUCUCCUUUCCUAAGGACAAUUUGGUUUCCAGAUCAGUUUAAUUGAACUGAGGGAAAUUACUGUCCUGUUUUUCAUGUCACCAGCUCGGGACUGCAGAGAUGAAAAUAUGAUUCCAGAUUUAAGUUUCUGCUUUCUCAAAUAUUCUGCUAGAAAGACACACACACACACACUUCUUAGAAUAUUUUUAAUGGCAAUGAGCCUAUGUUUUAGCUGCUACUGUGCAGCCCCUUUGGUCCAGACCCUUUCAGGGGUUCCAACCAAAUAAGAGAAUUUUGAUUCAGUAAUCAAUGUAUGUGUUUAUUUAUUUCAUCUGCAGAUGUGGGUAAAAGUGGUAGACAAUACUUGCCCUCCUUGUUCCACCCGUAAAAGUAUCAGCUAGGACUUGUCUGUAUUAUGGGAAGUUCUAGGCAGGAGCAUAAAGAAAUUGUUGCUUCUACCAUUUGCCACAUUUGGACAUUUUCUAUGGACAAGUGUCAAAAGACAUAGUUAAUGUUUUGAAGGAGAAAGCAGAACUGUCCAGCAGCAACUAGAGAUGUCCUCAAAGGAAACUUUCCUCUUCCUCUUGCUGGUCUCCUACGGUUUUAUAGCUGAGCUUUUAAGGUUUGGAAAAUUCAAGACUUUUGUUUCAUGAGAGGGUAGAACACAAGCACAAGCCAAUCUUAGGCCUAGACUAAAACUGUAAAGUUAUAACAACUUGAAUAUUGUUGGUGCUGUGCAGAGUGAAUGUUUAGUAUUGCAUAGCCUUUAUUACUUUAAGGAAUGAAUUGUCCUUUUCAUAUUGGAUUUUGAAUAAAUGGUGAGACUCUAUUUCCUUUAAAACUGACCCCCAAGACCACACUUGAAGAAUGUAUUGACUCAAGAACAUUUAAAAGCAAAUUCUACCUAACUUUUUUAAGACUGACACCCCUGUUGAAGCUUAAUAAAUAGUAUUGUCACUUGGCACAUGCACUCUGAAUUGGGUCAAAGUGGGCUCGCACACUUUUGAGCAACUAACUAUAACUUACUUGCAUUUUCUGUCUUUCUGUCUGUCUCUCUCUGAAUGUGAAUACAAACUUCUCUGGAAAAGUAGCCCUUUGCUAAUUGGAUCUAGUUGGUGUGGAAAAAGCCCAUGGAAAACCUUAUCUUUAACAAACUCCCAGAUGGUGCCCAGAUUUGGAAACUCUAAAGAGCAGUGGUGACCUUUUAGCAAUGCUUCUGUAACAGUUCGAAUGAGUUCCAGAACAUUCCACUCCAUCAAAUGACACUGUAAACAAAUCACUUCAAGAGAGGUUUGGCUUUGUGUGACACAGAUGGACCCAAGCUUUCAUGCUGUGCACUGAGAUAGAAACUUGACCCACAGCGCCAGUGUUGGAUGGAGCAGUGCGCCCUGGUGCUCAAAGUCUGUUACAGGAAAAAGGUGAUCAGUGUGGAAAGCUUUUUAUGGGGAAAUUAUAACGCCAAGUGGGUACAUCAGUUUAAAAGUGAGCCGCAAUCACAGAGUUCCUUAUGACUGUCUAAGAGUUGUAAGGAGCACUGUUAGUGACAGGAGCAAUGACGUGGGUUCUGAAAAUGCAGUUGCCCCAUCCAAUGAUUGAUUUUGAAAACUAAAUUCCAACUCUUCUCAAUGAAACUGGUGCGGCAUCACUUGUGCAAAGAAAAUGUAUGUCAUACAUGUGCAAAGAAAGGAAGACAUAUGGGUCUUAUCUCCUGAAUAUGAAUAUGUGAAUUUAAAUGAAAUUGUUCCUAGUUAAUUGUCCAAAAUGCAUGAAUGCCUUGAGUUUUAUAAAGGAAAGAGGAGGUAAAGACAAUGAGACAUGUCAGCCUUCUGCAAAGUAUGGCAUGCAAUAAACAUCCUCCUUCCUUUCUGGGACUGCAUCUUCACACACACCUUCACACCUAACUUUUGAGCUUUAAGUCCCUAGACAGAUGUCUUCAGGAGCAGGAAUGUCCACCAUUAUUGCUUUCAUGGAAGAGCCUGAGUCUAAUUCAUCAUGGGAGAGUAAUUACUUACCCACCCAGCACAGGGUGGGCAGGGAGGAUGUUACCCUCUUUUCAUCAAGAUCCAAGAGUCCUGGAGCAAUUUAUUACAUUCCAAUGUGCAAGAAAAAGGACUUAUUUCUGUCAGAGUCUGUGUUGAACAUACACUUACGGGAACAACUAUAAUCCAAGUGGAAUGCUUCCCAAGUGCAUCAGGAGGGAUCCGGAUUCCACGGGGCUGAUAUGAGUAUAUGUCAUAUGGAAAAGGGUAGAAGGAUGGUUGCAAAUAAUGAGAUUUUUUUAGUUUUUAUAAGAAAAAGCUGUUUAUGCUAGGUUAAUAAGACCAUGAUUUUAAUUCAAUGGGGAUCAUUGAAUCUUAAUAACUAUUUAAGAGCCAAAAAUGUCUCUUUGGUUGGAUCUGUUGGGAAAGAGAAUUUUCUACGAGAACUAUAACGUUACGCACCUUCAACCCUUCUAUUUGCAUGCACACACACAUUUUUUCCUUUACAGAGGAAGCAAGAGUAUAAAAGUCUAGAAAAGAGAAUCUGGUUGGUCGAUAGAUAAAUGGAAGAUGUUGUUCUAGAAAAUGGCCUUCAGGGAAGCAGAGGAGAAAGGUUCCACAAGAUAUUUGUAAGGAGGUUAUACUUGCAUAACAAGAAAAUGGCAUAGACUUAUUCCUAGUCUUAACAUGAAACCAUGGUGUCAGGGAUAUUUAGCCACAUUGCCUUUCAACAUGUUUUGAUUGCCAAAAUAUGAGAACCACUAUUGGACCUUUCGGUUUGAUAUACUAGUUGGCUCCAAUAACAUAACAUGAACCUUAUUUUGAUUCUCUGUUGAUAGUUAAGUGUGUUUGUACUGGUAAAGUAAAUUUAUUCCAUGGCCAACAUUUUCUCCUCAAUGGGACAUUUUGUUCUCUCUUUCCAAGUAACUUUUCUUUCUACAAAAAUGGACCCCAUAUUGAAGAAUAAUCUGCCAUUCAUUUGGGCAAAAUUAUUCCUUCUCCAGUUCUCUCCUGUAUCACUCCCUAUAAGAUGUCCUUUUGCCUUUUCAUCACCUUGUUCCUGAAUGUGGUGUGUUUUUUCUCUUUUCUCUUCCUACUCUUUAAAAAACCCUCAAGCUCUAAUUAUUUAUUUAUUCCAACAGCUCUUUUUUUCCAGAGAUAGCAAAUAUUAUAAAUGGCUUACUCUGAUUUAAAAAUCCAAGUUCUUAUGAUGAAAACUUGACUCUCUUAAAUAUAUACUUUGAUUUAUAGCAAUAAUAACAAUUGUAAUACUAGCAAUAAGAACAGCAUCUGGUGAAUUCUUGCAAUUUGUCCUGGUCUCAACACAGUAAGAACAACAUAUUUGAAGUCUGCUCUCUCAGAACACCCUACCCAGCUGUGUAAUAUUUGGACAAUUAAAAGGAGUCUGUAUUUUAAA